AUGUUCGGCUUCGGCAAGAAGCCCAAAGCGCCGGAAAAGGAGUGGAUAGUCGACAGUGAUAAACCCAUUUCGACUAAACCCUUUGAGGUUCCGUCGGACUCCAUUCAGAAGCCCAACUUGCAAGACGCAGAGACCGAAGACCAGAAAACAAAAUAUAGCAUGGUGCUGAAGCACUUUCGAUCCACUGAAAAGUACCCUGUACUCGAGAAAAAUUGCAAUGCUAGUGAAUAUGUCGAACUCAAUGACUUUGAAAAAGCCUGGUUGAGUAAGGAAUGUAUUUUAAGGUAUCUUCGUGCCUGUGACUGGAAUGUUGACGAAACGAUCAAGCGAUUGACUAAUUCAAUUGCAUGGAGACGUGAAUUUGGAAUCGCGGGAGGAGAAUUUGAAAAAGUGACGGGAGAUUUAGUAAAGGAAGAAAACGAAACUGGAAAGCAUCUGGUGUACGGUUUCGACACUGAGGGUAGGCCUUGCCUAAUACUUCUAAGCGGUCGACAAAAUACUAAAACUUCCUUCAGACAAAUUCAGCAUCUGAUAUACAUGUUGGAGACUAGCAUCGACUUCAUGCCUCAAGGACAAGACAAACUAGCUCUAUGUGUGGACUUUAAAAAAUACCCAGAAGCCUCACUUGUGGAGCCAAAAGUGCCGGCAGUCUCCGUUGGGAAGCAGGUGCUGCACAUUUUACAAUAUCACUAUCCAGAAAGGCUGGGUAGAGCUCUUUUCAUUAAUAUCCCUCUGAUUGUUUGGGGUUUCCUAAAACUCUGCUGGCCAUUUGUGGAUAGCUUUACCAAACAGAAAUGCAAAUUCGACGAGCCUUUUAGGGAAUUUAUCCCACCAGAACAGCUGGCUGUGAACUAUGGUGGAGAUGUUAAUUUCGAGUAUGUCCAUGAUGAAUAUUGGCCAGAAAUGGUGGAACUUCGAAACAAGAAAAGACAAAUUUACCUUGAGAACUACCAUAGAUUGGGAGGUGGAAUUGGCCUCAGUGAGACAGAUCUCAGGAAAGGUCUGUGA